GCGGAGCGUGUGACACAGGAGGUGAUAAAUGCGACGGCGGUCGCGGGGAUUGGCUGCAGUCUUGCAGGCCGCACAUCGACAGAGAGAGCACUGGAGGAUCCUCAAUCAACAGCAUGGGCAAAGUGCACUUUUAUGCCGUCUGGUCUUUACGUGAAGCACCUCGACAAUUUAUACGAAAUGUCAACCGUACAACGUACCAGGUUCAGAUGCCGUUACCUUUACCGAAGCAGCUGAUAGUGUUUGGUUUAGGGGAAUGGUCAUGCUUCUCCAGUGAUACGGAGAUCUCUGUGGAGGUUCUGCUGGGUCCAGAGGUCAAGUCACAGGUCAUCGGGACUCUUUCACCUCACUCCAGGUGUCUGAUUUGGCAAGGAGUUUGGACUCCUGAGCUUCUCGCUGAAGCCACACAGAGAGGCAGGAGAGGAGUUUACGCUAAAGUCAUGCUCAGCAUCCGUGGACAGGUGAGAUCCAGCUUAAUCAGCAGCACUCCACGAAUAACAAGGAAACGUCUAGCGCUGAACCACUCCUCCAAUCCGUCCAGCACACUUCUCAGCAGCGGAGAGAGUCAUGAUAUCACCCAGAGAUCUCCUCCCGAGGGAAGCGUCAGCUAUGCAGAGCUGGGCAAAAGUAAAACAGAGACAGGAGAAAUCACUCUGCUUCAGGGUGUGUGGCAGAUGGACAAAACUCCAAGACGCUCCAUUAUAGGAAUAAAGGGAUAUAUUUGGAGUUCUGAAGAUCCAGAAAGCCCUCAGAAUCCAAACCGAGUUUCAAGCCCAAAGAAGCGCAAACUGUGUAAAAUGUCUGCAGUAGAUUUAGAGGACGAGAUGGCCGUCAAACGUGUGAAGAGCUGCAGGGCUGAUAAUGAUUUCUGGUUCCCCAUGGACGUCUCAUCGUCUGAGGUCAGUCCACCAAUCUCAAAAGGUCACUCAGCAACCUUUGAUCCUGAGUCUAAAGCGGUGUAUGUGUACGGUGGUCAGAGAGACGCCCAGCGAUACAGUGAUAUUUAUAUACUGGACACUAUAACUUGGAAAUGGAAGCUUGUUUCUGCAAAAGGAAAUAUACCGUCAUUGGCGUACCACAGUGCCACGUUCUAUAAGAAGGAGCUGUAUGUAUUUGGAGGAGUGCAGCCCAGCCGAUGUCCUGAAGGCAGUGUUUGCAGUAAUGCAUUGUACAUUUUCAACCCUGAACAUGGUCUGUGGUAUCAACCGAUUGUGGAGGGUGACCGUCCUCUGCCCAGGUUUGGGCACUCCACCACGCUGCUGUCAAACAAGAUGAUCAUUUUUGGUGGGAGAAAAACUGCCACCUACCUCAGUGAUCUUCACAUCCUGGAUCUUGGCUUCAUGGAAUACACUGCUGUAAAGUACGAGAACAUGCCACCAUUGGCCCGUGGGUUUCACGCUGCUCUACCCGUGUCUGACAACAGGGUGCUGAUCAGCGGAGGCUGCAGUGCUGUAGGAGCCCUACAGGACCUCCAUCUCUUUAACUUAGAUACAAGCUCAUGGACAUCAGUGGUGUCUCCAUUGCUUUGCUCUAAGCCUCGCGCAGGCCACAGUCUGAUAAGCCUGGGCUCUACAAAGACUUUAUCUUCAGACCCGAGGGAUCGCCGUCAUGGCAACAUCCUAGUAUUUGGAGGGUCAGAUUGUUCAGGAACAUUUUAUAAUGACACCGUUAAAUGCCCGGUUGAACUUCCCAUUUAGGAUCAGGGACUACAGGAUUUUUCUCUUAGAAAUUAAUCUAGGGUACUUACAGAAACGUGAUAGAAGAAACUUGAACUUGAGAAGCACUUUUAGCAUUUGUUUUUUAACGUUGCAUUGAUGCAGUUUUAGCAUGAACAGCUGUUUUACAGCUACCGUUUUUAUAUUGAUUUCCUUAAAAGCAAGCAAAGCCUUCACUCUCUCUCGUGUAGUUCAGAUUUGUAUUUAGUACAUUCAGAGACUCGAUGUAUUUUUGUACAAUAAAUGUUUUCUCUUAUUUUGCACGUACUUUACGUUUUCACAUUUGUAUUUUUGUCCACUUUGUAUGUUUCACAUUGCACUCACACAUUUUCCUUUAAGUCACUGGUAUGUACAGCUCAUGUCUUGUUCAUAGAUGUCUGAAAGUUGCAAAAAGCGACUAUAGUCUUUUCACCAAAGCAAUAAAUGCAAUACUUUGCUAAAAAG